AUGGCAGCGAGCACAGCAGACAGGGACACACACAUGGAGGAGCUGGUGGACCAGGGUCUGGGGAUGGAGGAGACUGCCCACGGCCUGCUGAGGAGGCCGUCACUGAAGGAGAGCUAUCACAGUGAUUCAAUGCUGGCACCAGACACCGAUUUCAUGACAGAUGACCGCAGUUCAGCAGCCAGCGGCCUGGAUGUGGCCGACCGGCUGACCUAUCUGGAGCAGAGGAUGCAGAUGCAGGAAGAUGAAAUCCAGCUGUUGAAGAUGGCUCUGGCUGAUGUCCUCAAGAGGCUCAACAUCUCUGAGGAGCACCAGGCUGCUGCUGGCAGGAGAGCACCGGGUGCUAAAGCCAGGCCGGUAUCUCUGGCUCUGCCCUCCAGACCGCCCAUGGUGACCUCGACCUCUGGCGCCCUGAAGAAGAGCUCCACACUGCCCUCCAGCUCCACAGCUAGGAACUACAGCCCAACACCACCCCGAAGUGGGGUGAAGAGCCCACUGGGUAGUGUGAAGGAAAGUCCAUGUAAGACUGCCAAAUCAAGACCCACCUCUGCAGCCUCGACAUGUAAAAAACUUCAGGAGGGCAAGUCCAAGGAGGCUGCAGUAAGUGUAGGGACAAGACGUGUGACACACUGCAAAGUGACUAUGCAGAUCUAUCUGAGCCCCCAAGCAAGAAAGACUGGGUCUUCUGAGACCGCCAAAUCUGCGUCUGCGGUGCCUGCCAACAGCGGGCACGUGGCCACACCCAGCCAACCUCAGGCGAAGGGGGGCAGCAAGCCAGAGACGAAAAAAACAACUCCAUCCUUCACCUUAAACCUGCAGAAAACCACAACCAGCCAGAACACAUCACACGACACAUCCAGCUACAAGAGCCCCAUCAAGUCGCCCAGCCAGUACUUUCAGAUUUGUUACUGA